UGCCACCUUAAUCAUUUUCAUUAAACAAACGGGACAAGCCUGGGCACCGGCAGUAAAAAUUUGCUCCUAUGCUAAUAAGUAGAUAUUUUCAUAACUGAAUGACUUUAGUCUAUUUACAGUGUAUUCGCAUUUUAAUUAGGUAGCGGAUGUAUUUAUAGUCAUUGUCGUUGCCGCUGCUGCUGCUGCUGCAAUGGAAGUAAACAGGGACGAGGCGGAGCGCUGCAUUGACAUUGCUGCCGCAGCUUUAAAGAUUCACCAGCCUGAAAAGGCGCUGAGGUUCUUGGAGAAGGCACAGAGACUCUUCCCAACAGAGAAAGCUCAAGCACUGCUGGACCUUAUUGCAAGGAAUGGCUUCACUCCCAGACAUGGCGGCCACUCAGACUUCCGCGACGAUUCUGGGCCUCGACAGCGACAGGUCCCACAUGAAGACACCAAGCCAGAAGAAAAACCUUCAGACACCCUUAGAUCUUACACGGCAGAGCAGCAGGAGGCCGUGAGAAGAAUAAAACAAUGCAAAGACUUCUACGAAAUCCUCGGGCUCCAGAAAGAUUUCUCUGAGGACGAGCUCAAGAGGUCGUACAGAAAACUGGCUCUGAAAUUCCACCCUGACAAGAAUCACGCGCCGGGCGCGACGGAAGCAUUUAAAGCUAUCGGAAAUGCCUAUGCUGUUCUGAGUAAUGCAAACAAAAGAAGGCAGUAUGAUCAGUGGGGAGAAGAGGGAAGGCAUCCAUCAAAUAGCAGCCCUGAAAAUGGAAAUUUUGAGCCAGAUAUCUCACCUGAAGAUCUCUUCAACAUGUUCUUUGGAGGAGGUUAUCCAUCGAGUAAUGGUCAUGUAUACACUAAUGGGCGGAUGCGUAACCAGAGGCGGGAGAGAAGAGAACGACCAAGAGAUGGAGGUCUGGCUGUCUUUGUGCAGGUCAUGCCCAUCCUCAUUCUGGUGAUUGUGUCGGCUCUCAGUCAGAUAAUGGUCAACAGCCCCUCCUACAGUCUCAGCUUCAGGCCGUCAGCUGGCUACACGCAGAAGAGGCUGACUGAGAACCUGAAGGUGCCAUAUUAUGUGGGGGAGCAGUUCUCCAAAGAGUUCACAGGCAUGAAUCUGAAAAAUCUGGAGCGCAGCGUGGAGGAUGACUACAUUUCAAACCUCCGCAACAACUGCUGGAAAGAGAAACAGCAAAAGGAAGGAAUGCUCUACAGGGCUCGCUAUUUUGGAGACAGUGAGCUGUACCAGAGAGCGCAGCGGGCUCGAACUCCAAGCUGCGCCAAGCUCUCAGAGAUUACGGCCUCCUUACAUUAAAACAUUGCUAAUCUUACAUUAGUUCUCCAGAAUAGGAUUAGUUCUGAUUAUCUUUCCUCUUGUUGCCUUCAGGUUUCUAGAAUCAUCCCAAAACAUGACUAACACAAAGGCUGUAAAUACAUAAGCUUCAACAUCCUCAAGGCCUUACGUAGCUAAAGACACACGAGUAAAACACUUCCCUCUCCACUCUCUUUUCUAAGUUCACCUGAUUGACAUAGAAUUCUUCGUAUAUAUAUAUAUAUAUAUAUAUUGCCAUGAAUUAAAACAAAGCCAUUUAUCACAUCUUGACAAGGGAACAAGAUGUAGAUUUGAUGAGAAGCCUGAAAGAACAGAAGCCAUGAAGAUGAAAAAGAUUGCUUCACCUCUGUACGACUGAGAAGCCAGUGUCGAACCAGACACAAAGUUUAGCUAUAAAUAGAAAUGCGGAUGUUAACUUACACAGCAGUUUAAAAAAUACCAUGUUGAAUGCUUCCUCUUGUUUUUUUUGUUUUUUUAUGAAGUCAGAGGAGAAGCUGCCUCCACUGUCUCUAAAUGCACAUUCUAACUAUGCAGGGAAAUUAGUGUAGCCUCUGAUUAACACGUGCACUCACAGUUUGGGCGUAGUUAGACACGGUCUUUUGUUCUAAUGUACUUGAGAGGCAAGAGUUGGGAGAUAAUCCUGUCACAUUUUGUCCUUUGAUUAAAUGAAGGACGGCCAUAUGGUGUUACCUCACUUCACUUUGGAUGCAAGGCCUUGAAAAAGUAUUUACAUCCCCCGAGGUUUUUCACAUUAUGUGAAAUAAAAUUGGGAUUUAUUGUGAUAGACCAACAAAAAGCCUCUCAGAAGUCUUUUACGGCCACCAACUGUUUCUUAUAUUUUUGUAUUUAGCUGAACACAAAUGCAUGCACUGAUUUGUAAAAAUAAAAUGUGUUUUGACAAUGUUCCCUGUCUGUUCUUAAGAAAGGCAUGACAUGUCUAACAGUUGGGAUGAUGCGUUCAGGUCAAUGCUUUGUACUCGUUGUCCUUCACACAUCGCAUGUAAUCCGAGAAGUUCAAUCUUGGUUUCAUCUGACCAUCAUCUCGUUUUUCUUCUACCUCUGGAUUGAUAGGGCCAUGGAUCUGUGCAGCUCCUACAGAGCUAUAUGAAUGAUGAGUUCCUUCCUUGGCUUACCAAUUUAGGUAAACAACAAUGGCUUUCACUAUUGGGUCACUUCUGAAGGUUUGCACUGGAUUUUAUUGAGGGGUAUCAGUACAAUUUCAGCUCACUAUAAAAUUGUUGAAAGCCUUGUGUUCUCUUCCUUUUCCUAUCCCUGUAAUGCUCUACUUUGUGUUGGUAUAUCACAUAAAAUCUAAAAAAACAACAACAUAUGACUGUAAAGUGUCAGCAUAUGAGACUGUUCAAGGGGUGUGAAUACUUUUGUAAGGUACUGUGCCAAAAGGAUGAAAUGUGUGCUUAUACCCACCAGGUGGGACUACAGCAGGAUGUAGGUCUUUGCUGUGUGUUGUCUCUGAUACAUCUCAUAUUUAGUUCGGAACAUGAUAUUUAUUCUUUGUAUCUUAUUUAUUACAUACAUCAUCAAACUAAGAGAAAAGUAGAAUAUUGUCUCACUUUUUUUGUCCCCCACUGUGUUUCUACUCCCAGAUUAAAAUAAAGACGGAUGCCUGAACGUGUUGAAUGUGACUCAUUGCUGCGAGCAGAACAAGCACGGAGGCGAAAAGAGACAACAAAAAAACAAAACAAAAGCCUUGUCAGCAUAUUUAGUACAAACUGUGCUGGGAGGCUGACUAAGGCUGGGAAGUGGACGCAUGGCAGCGCGCACGUUCACACUUUUGAGAGUGAGACGUGCAGCUUGUCCAGAGCAGCAGAGAGUGCAGCGUCACAUUCUUUCUCUAUAAAUAAAUUCAGCUGUUUUCGGCAGAUGUUGCAA